AUGCCGCAGUUGAGGUCAGGGAAAGUGGUGAGAGCCAGCGAGGUAAAGCCGGUUGACCUGGAGCUCAGCAGCCCCGGCUCUUCCCGAGCAGGGUGUGAGCCAGAGGGAAAGCUGGUAGUCAAGCGGAGUUGUCGCCUGGCACCAAAGAGAAAGCUUGAGCAGCCCGUACCUUCCUUUACACAACCUGCCAGGCUCUCUCACGCUUCCUUUAAGUGUUUUGCUCUGCCUGUGCCCAUGCAGAAGGAGCAAGUUGAGAACAGACAGAAUUUCCCAGGUAAAAAAAACAAGGGAAUCCAGCACAGGAAGUCUCCCAGAAGAAGCAAGGCUGUAGCUUCACUAGUUUCAGACACAGCUGAGUGUGAAGAUUGGCAAGCAGCAGCCACGGCUGCACCAAUGUGCUGGGAAGAGACUCUAAGAGGGACAGGUCAAAGUCAACAGCUGUUUUUCUCAGGAACUCCUUUGCAGAAAAAGUUCUCAGCAGAGAUUGAAAGGAAUGAACAUUGCUCAGAAGACCUGAACUUCUCUGGUUUCCACAAGGGUUCAGGGAGCUCAGGAACAGAAGGCAACCAUUCCUGUAUGGAAAUAAAAUUACAAGUCCCAUCCUUGAAGAGGGAAAUUGAGAGCACAGAGAGACAUGGAAUAUCCCGUUUUCCAGAACCAGAAGUUCUUCAAAAGGUCACAUGGAGUAAUGAAGUGAAAUGUACUGACUGCACAAUGAUGCAGAGUAUGCAAAUCCCAGAUUUUAGGAAGAAUUUGUGUGCUCAGGAAGCUGUCCCUAAUCCAAAACCUCAGGAAGAGGUUGAUACACUAGAGAAGUUGAAUGAGUGUCCAUUAGUUGGAUCAAGAACACUAGGGACACAGGAAAAAGAAAGGAAAUGCUUGGGCAAGAAAGGCAGGAGCUCAGUGGGGAAACCAAAAGUACAUGGUUCCAAGGAGAGGGGUAGUUCUGCCUUGCUAAAACAGCAUACACAGUGUCCAGAGUCCAGGAAAGGAGCUCUGACUAUGAGGAACAGAAAUGCCUUGCUGCCACAGCAGCUGCAGGAUCUGAGUGGACAAGAAAAACCAACAACCAGAAGAAAGACUCAGAAGCGUUGCAUGAAAGAAGAGCAGCAGAGCUCAAGCCCUCAGAAACGACCAGACAGCCCGGGGGAAAGUGAGGAACUGUUGAAAGCAAUUGAGCAAGACACUGGUACUUCACAGGCUGUAAAGAAGGUUAAGACAAAGCAAAACAGGGUAGAAGAGUCUAAGGAAAAGGAAUCUCACUAUUCUAGAUCUUCUACAGUUUCUACUUCAGGUGACACUGAAAGCAAGAGCUUUCUAUGCCAUGCUGUAAAAAAAGAGCCCGGUGUGCAGUGUAGAAAAAGGCAACACAGAUCUGGUCAAAUCAAGCACUUGCAAAGUUUAAGUGUGACUGCAGCUGAAGAAGUGAUGAAUACAUCUACAAAAUGUGAUGCUGAACGUUGCAGUAAUGCCCUAAACCGUUGUAGUGGCUUGCUCUGUGCAACUGAAAAGAAUCCAUUUGUGGUAUUAGAGGACUGUAGUUACAUCAAUACAUUAGUGAAGCCUUCAGCAAGUGGAACUACCAACAGUUAUAAAUUAAAUGGGUUCUUCCAUGUAGCCCAUGGUACUGGAGACCUGAAUGAUAGAAUUUGCAUCACUAGUAGAAUGCAAAAUGAGAGGUCACUCAUAAAAGGUGGUUUAUCACCUAAUAAAGAAAAGAAUGAAAAUGAAGAAGACCAUGUUUCAUGCUGCCUGAGUGAAAGCAGUAAGUGUUUAAGGGGAAAAAAGUGGAAUAUUGGUAGAAAGCCUAGAAAAAAGAUGAAAAUCACAAAGAAAUCUGCAGACAUGGCUAGUAAAUGCAAGAAGUGUGAGUUACAAACCGAAGCAGCAGUUGCCAUGUCAAGCUCAUGUUCAGUUUCAGGACUAAAUCAUACAGAUACAGAAAAAAAAACUCAGGAAGUACAAACUAUAUCAGCCUGGAGAAAGAAUAGUACCAAACUACUUGAAUUUGAAACUGGCUUUAAGAAGACAUCUGAGCUCUCUGCAGUAGUAAAAGUAGAAAAUUCAAGCAGUGUGGCACAUUAUGCAGCUGCCUCAGAUAGCCUUCGAGCGUUAGCUCAGAUCCAUGAUGUUUCGGAUCAUCACAAAAGCAAGACAGGAGGAAAUUUGAAAAAAGUUUUUAAGAAAUUGCAGCAGUUUACCUGUCAAAGAACAAUGCCCAUGACUGGUAAAAAAGUUUGGCCUGUUGAAUCUUGUGCCAGGACUUCUGAAUGGUUUCUUAAAAAUCAUAGGUCCAUCUCAGAAGGAGAAAGACUUUUAAAGGCUGCUUUUGAGGAUUCCUCUGAUAAAAGCAAUGUUAAAGCUGUGGAACAUAGUGUAGUGACUAGGAAUGUGAGACAGCUGGAUUUGCAUACAUCAUUGGCAGAAAUUACAAAAGAAAUUACACAUAAAAAGAUUGAUCCAAAUAUUUACUGUCAGGCUUCACUUGAAACGAUGGAAUCCUCUUCUGUGGAUAUUUAUGAGACUUUGACAGUGAACAAUGAAAAUGGGGAAUCACCAGUUAAUACAGAUAAGAGUGCCAUGGUUUUUAACCAUGAUGAUGUGCAAGAAGUUAAAGCAACCUUGAAUUUUACAGCAAAACAAAAAGAUGAAGGAGAUGUAACAGAAAGAAACAGGUCUGUGACAGUCCAGAAUGGUACAAUAAAACAAGAAGAUAAAGAUGAAGGAGCUGUGACAAAUAGAGACAUGUCUGUGACAGUCCAGAAUGGCACAACAAAACAAAAGAAUAAAAAUGAAGGAGAGGUGACAAGCAGAAACCUGUGUGUGACAGUCCAGAAAGACACAACGAAACGAAAGAAUAAAAAUGAAGGAGAUGUGACAAACAGAAACCUGCCCGCAACAGUCCAGAAUGUUAUAAAAAAACAAAAGGAUGAUAAUGAAAGAGAUGUGACAAAUAGAAACCUGUCUGUAACAGUGCAGAGUGGUACUUCUUCAAGUAACACAAACAGUAUAAACUUCAGCCCUAAAUUAUCAGUAGUGAACCAGACAUUUUCUGAUUUAAACCUAAUUAAACCAUUAACAUCUGGAAACCUGACAAAAUUCAAAAUUCCUUUAUGCAGAAACAAGCCUAAAUCCAAGAAACGGGAAUCUGUCCAUUCAUUUGAAAGCAAAACUUGUAGGCCACUAGAGCUUCUUGAAAGCACUAGUCCAGGAAGGCAGAAGACAGGUGAAGAGACUUUCUUGGUAAAAUCUGAGCAGCGUCCUCUUCUUGUCAUGAGUGAUGCUACAUCUCCAGCUUCCAUACAGAAAAAAGCAGAUGAGAUUGAUAGUAAGGACUUCCAGCACAAUGGCUCUGUAAACCUCUCUGAUGAGAUGUCUGUGCUUCCUGAAAAAUUUUCUGCAUAUCCGCAUCCUCCUCUUGAUGGACAGCCAGAGUCAUCUGUGCCUGAUUCCUAUGGUACUGAAUGUGUGCUGAAAUCUAGUUUUCCUGAUCAUUCUUGGAAUGCAGUUGACCACCUUACUGGAUUAGAAAUAAAUGGUGAUAGAAAAUCAAGAGGGAACUUUUCACAACACAAAAGUCAAAAUUUACCAGAUAUCCUUGAAGCUUACAACCAAGAUGUUCUUGUCAUAGAUGUGAUUCAGGAUGACCCUGACCUUUUUGGAGCCAGUAAUGAAGAGGAGCUUGCACCUGCACGCUGUGAAAAUUGUCCAGUGAAAGCAUCCUCUGCAAACUGCAUUAAAGACACAAAGAUGUAUAUUAAGCCUGAGUCUCCUGUUACCUCAGAAAAGACAUAUUCAGUAGAGAGUAGUUUUAGAUGCAUGCAAGAAUCUGGAAGUGACACUGAAAAUUCCUGUAAUUUGGUGUUAAAAGCUGAAGAUAUGAAGACCCACAACUCCUCCAGAGGAAGCAGUCUUUCAGGAGAUGUUAGUGAGGACUUUCUUAAAAAUAGACAACAGAGCAAACUAGAUGAACUUUUGACAAGUUUGGACGUGGAUGAAAAGUUCAAGCUUGCAGAUGGAGUGUCUGAUAUUGAAGAAGAAAAUAAGACUGAAGCUGGAAAAAGUGACUGUGACUACAAAGUGAACUGUGAAUUGCUAUCAGGAUUGCCAUUGAAUGACCGAAAAGUAAAUCUCUCCAGUGGAACUACAGAGAUGAAAUCCUGGACGAAUGGUUACAAAUCUUCAAGAAGAAGUACUUCACUGCCAUCAAAGAAUUGUGGAGAUUUUGAGCCAUGGAAGAUGGAGAAAAAUGCAAGUGCUUCUCAGUCAGUCCAGCAGAUCCUUGAUGCACUUAACUUGCCCCAUAAAUACUGCAGAUAUUACUUCAUGACUUCACGUGGGUGUGAAAGAAAAAAAUGUUGGUUCUGUCACGUUCCAGGACAAGGGGAUGAAAAGAUUUGCAUGGCAAUUCUUAGGACAUACAUUAGUAUCAAAGAAUCAGGCCUCCUGAAACGUGCAGUCCAGAUAUUUGUGCAGUAUUACAAAGAAGUUACUCCUGGUGUGGAUUUUGCUUCUGAAGUGCUGAAUGAUCUUCUUGUUUCAUUGCUCAACAACAGCUUGUUGCAGGAAGUAUUUCAGAUAUUGAAUACAAUUGUACAAAUCAAGACACUGCCAGCUGUAGAUGUUCUUCUGAAAGUUUUUGAGCAUAUGGCUUCUUUGAAUAUAAGAAAUGCUGUGCCUACAUUAAUCAGUAUCUUCUGUAAGCUCAUUGAUGCUGGUAUGUUCCUUGAGUUAGAACAUUUGGACUACAUUAUUAAGUUACUUCGCCAAUUGCAAGUUUCCAGUUGGGAAAUGAGUACUGUUUUGAACAUAAAAUCCAGAUUUAAGGAAAGAUAUUUUGAAAAGACAUGGAUUUUUGACUUCAACUUGGCAGUGGCUGAAAUUCAGCAUUGCAAGGAAAAAAGGGAUUGGACCAAGCUGGGAGUUUUGUAUCUUAAUGCAAGAACUGGAUGUGAACAUUUUGAGGAUCUUCAGAAAUUGUUUUUAUCUAUUGCUGAAAUUCUAACCAAAGAUUCUGAGACAAACAGGCCAGGAGUCCCUUUUUGUGAUUUUGCUGAUACAGUAAUGAAAAAUUCACAGCAUAAUAAAGCAGACAGACUUUUCAUUGGAAGGACUGGGAUAAGCGUAAUGUAUUCGUAUCACAAAGUACUGCAGUGGAUAAAGGGAAGGAAGGUUUUGGAUAAACUGCAUGAGCUACAGAUACGUUUUACACUCUUGAAAGGACUUGUAGGUGCAGGGAGAUCAGCAUCCAGAUGUCAGAUUGUUAAUAAAGCCGCAGAAAUCUUUCUUUAUUCUGGAAAUUUGGAUGGAGCAACAAAGGUAUUGAGAGAGUCAGAGUGGAUCACUGAUGCACCAUUGUGGCCCUGUGAUAAAAUGGACAUCCUCAAUCGACAUAAUCUGUUAUGUGCAAUAGUGCACAAAUACUUGAGGAAGAGUUUGUACAGGCAGGCAUUUGAAGUUCUGCAGAACUUACCGGGUUUGCAGAAACAUUCUGAUAUUAUAGAUGCUUCUCAAUACAGCUGCCUUUUUAACAAGCUGAUAAAUGCCUGUUUUGAGAACAAGAACCUUGGGGUCUCAUCUUCUGCAGUAGACUUCAUGCUUUCCAAAAAAAUUGCUAUUGAUUUUGUUUUACUUAGAGGAUUAAUCACAGCUUUGGGAAGAAGUUCUUUAUGGUCCAAAGCUAGGACCUAUUACAAAAAUGCUUUAUCACUGGGUUGCUACCCAGAGCUGCAGGGAAAUUUAUAUCACAAACUCCUGAAGAUUCCCUUUUACCUGUCUGAAGUUGAGAUGCUGUUGGCCAUUGAAGUAUUUCUUGUUUCAAAUGCCAGUGAUAUUCAAAGUUCAAGGACUACUAGUCAGACUCUUCAAAUAAUACUGAAAAGAUCUGAAGAUACAGGUCAGAAUAACAGUGCCUAUCACGAGGCAGUGGAGAGGCUGAUCCAGGCGGCUCAUUUAUCUGAUCCAAAGUUUUUCCUUAAGCGUUUGACAAUGAAUGUUAAUAUGGAAGAAGUUUAUAGCCUGGAGCAUUCAUCUGCUCUAAAAUGGCUUCAGGAGAAUAUGAAAUGGGCUGAGAAGGUCUGGCUGUUCCAGUAGUUACUAAAUAGUUUCCACUGUGUUCGGAGUGUGCCUUACUGAUUUACAGCAAGGUUUCAAACUCAAGUUGUGGUUUUAAAUACUGUAUUGAUGAUAAUGCAGAUAGUAGCACAGAAAGAGCAAUUUUUUCCCUAUCACACUGACUUAUAUAGAUGUUCACAAUGGCAUCACCAGAUAAUGAGGAAGCUGCAGCCUCAGAACCUACAUUCUCCAUUCUUACAAAGAAUUAGCACUUGGCUUGUUUCUCCCAGCAGAUAAUCAUAUAAGUGUAGUAUAAGCAUAGAUAAAAGUGUAGGUAAGUGCACUGGUUGAGUGCAUCUACUGUUCUUGAGUGAGACAUUUUCCACAUUCAUUCAUAGUCUGUAGAAGUAAUACCUAUUUCCUUUUGUCUGCCUCACAGUAACUUGUGAGGUCAUUGUCCCAACUAUUUGCACCUUAGAUCUUAAUUGCUUUGCUCCAAAAGCCCAAUAAAAAGCACUGAGAAUAAAAUAAGUUCAAAAUCACUUGAGACAUGCCUGAUUUAGGAUACCUUUCUUCACAGAACUGAGAGCCUACACAUUGCUCACAGCUGAAGGUUUAGUUUCUUGUAACUAAAGCAUAAUAAUGUGGUUUGGAAGACUUACCACAAUUUUAUUUCAAAAUAUUGAUAAUUUUGAGAGUUUCAAAAAGUGGGACAGAGGUGAGAAGCUGGAAGUAGGACCUUGAUAGUUUUAUGGUGUUUUAUAAAGAGCAAUGGGGGAGGAAGGGGAGCAUUUUGGAGGAGUUGUUAAGUUGUUAAUAAAUGUUUUUUAGUAUUUCUAUAAAGCAUUCAAAAUAUCUGAGUCUGUAUUGUCAUUAAAUUAUUUAAUUAUAUUCAGAUUCCUGUAAUGAACCCUCUUAGAUAUGCAGCAAGAUAGGCAAGCAGCAAAGUAGAAGUAGAGAGUUUAAUAUCUUGUAACCACUACAAGAGCCUGGAGAAUGAUACACCGCAUGAGGAGGUUAAGAAAGUGUGAAAUCAGUCAGACUAUGCAGUUCUUCAUCACACCAGAGCACAAAAUGUAGCAAAUGCUCAUGAAUAAAUUGGGCUGAAACUCCCAGCAGCUGUGGAGAUGGCCAGCUUCCAGCUUUAACUGGAAGUAGAGGCUACAGCCAGGGUUACAGGCUGUGCUCAGUUCACUGAAGAAUUCACAUGGAUGUUAGUAAGAGUUUCACUUGAGGAGAAAUAAUAAAAUUAAAUACCUCUGCUGUAGUAGGAGAAGUUUAAUUACUAAAGUCUCAGUGUCAUACUCCUCAGCUUAGUAAACUUUAGCCACAGUAAAAGCAAUUAUUCACAUUUUUUGUCCUUUCACAUUCUCCAGAUGCAUCUUGCAUCUUUGUGGUUUUAUUGGAGAAGGGUUUUUUUGCAAAUCCAGCUUUAUGUUUUUGAGUCUACAUUGCUGCAUAACUUUUUUUUAUUUACUAGAAUGAUGUGUAGUAUCAGAAUGAUACUGACAUGAUUGUCUCAGAGUUCUGGACCAUUGCAUGUGAUAGGAUUGGAGAAACGGAUGCUAUUUUUUGACC